AUGCUGAGUGUACCAGAAGGCCUCCUCAUUUUUGUAGCAGUUAGUGAGUCAAUAUUGGGGGUUUUAGGGAAUGGAUUUAUUGGACUUGCAUACUGCAUUGAAUGUGUGAAGAACAAGAAGUUUUCUACUAUCAGCUUUAUUCUCAUGGGCUUAGCUACUUCCAGAAUUUGCCUGAUAGGGUUAAUAGCUACCGAUGGAUUUGUGAAGAUUUUUUCUCCAGAAAUGUAUUCCUCUGGUUACCUAAUUGACUGUGUUACUUACUCAUGGGUAAUUCUGAAUUCAUCAAGUGUCUUUUUUGCCACCAGCCUCAGCAUCUUCUAUUUCCUGAAGAUAGCCAAUUUUUCCCACCACAUUUUUCUCUGGUUGAGGAGUGACAUCAAAAGAGUUCUUCUCCUUCUGAUGGGAUGCUUGCUUAUUUCAUGGUUAGUUACUUUUCCCCUAACUGUGAAGAUAAUUAGUGAUACUAGAGCAAAGAAUAGAAGCAUAAUCUUUUCAGUUGAAGUGCAUAAAGGUGAAUUCUUUAGAAACCAGAUUUUGCUCAAUCUUGGAACACUUCUGGUCUUCAUUCUAUGCCUGAUCACAUGUAUCCUAUUGCUCAUUUCCCUUUGGAGGCACAACCAGAGGAUGCUAUUGAAUGCCACAGGAUUCAGAGACCCCAGCACAGAAGCACAUAUCAAAGCAAUGAAAGUUUUGAUAUCUUUUAUCAUCCUUUUUAUCUUGUAUUUUAUAGGCAUUAUCAUAGAAAUAUCAUGCACUACUAUGUCAGAAAGCAAGCUGUUGUUUAUUUUUGGUCUGACCCUCACAGCCCUCUAUCCCUGGGGACACUCAUUUAUCCUAAUUCUAGGAAACAACAAGCUAAAGCAAGUUUUUUUGAGGGUACUGAAGCAAUUAAAUUGCUGGAAGAAAGAGAAGCUCCUCAGAACUCCUUGA